UAAGACCAGAGGCAGGCUGAAACACUCAGACCGCACGCACACGUGGAGCAAACAGGCAUAGAGGGAAGAAGGAAGAGGGGGACAGACCCAGCAGAAGGCAAAAGAGCAUGAAGGUGCCGGCACAGAGCAGUUUGCACUAGUUUGGCGUUUGGAAGCGAAGCAGGUAGAAAAAAAAGUGGAAAAAGUCAAGAAGUAAAGAGACGCCAAGAAAGAAAGGGCAUGUUUUGAUCUUGCGGUGCUAUUUUGAGUUCUGUUAUUCCCAAAGGAGUAACCGAAGAGUGAGCAGACUUUGGGGAUGUGAAGCAUUUUUAUUGUUGUUGUUGUUUUUUUUAAAGUAGAGAAGUAGAGAAUAAGACUGAGCUGGAAUCUAAAUGCACCUGCAACAACAGAUCAGAAGACUGACUUUUUCUGACCUUGACCUUCAGAUCAACCUGCUGAUGUUUUACUUCAAGUGAGGAAGGCCAUAAACCAAGUCCGCUUUGUUGCACGCCACCAUCCAACGCUUGUUGGGAGCAUCAGCGCCUUCUGCUACCCAAUCAGACAAGGGCUCACAGAGUGCUUUGAAGAGCGGGACUCAUCAAUAGCCGUCGACGUCAAAAUGACUUUCGCCAUGCUGCGCACUCCGCCUCCAGCGGGCCGCUUCUUGUACGGAGACAUCGGCCUCCUCUCCGAAGACGACGACGACAACUGCAGCGAGGGGUCAGGCUCGGAGGACCGCACCAGCAGCUCCUCCAAUUCUGCGUCCUAUCGCCUGUCCUCGUCCUCCCAGUCUGCCUUCCACAUCAAGAUGAACAGGAAGAGGAAGAUGUGCGGGGGCGGAGGGGUGAGUGUCGCCAACCUGACGGGCAGGCUUGGCCCCCCCGGCUCAUCUCCGCCCGGGGAGGUCAGACAGAGGACCGCGGCCAACGCGCGGGAGAGAGAUCGCACCAACUCUGUCAACACGGCGUUCACGGCGCUGCGCACGCUCAUCCCCACCGAGCCGGCCGACAGGAAACUCUCAAAAAUCGAGACGCUACGUCUGGCCAGCAGCUACAUAAGCCAUCUGGGCAACGUGCUGCUCCUCGGCGAAGGGCUUCACGAUGGACAGCCGUGCCACGCCCCCUCGCCUCCGUUCUUCCACGUCAGCUCCUCCCCCACCCGGGGCUCAGACCAAUCGGCUCAGCCAAAGCACAUCUGUACCUUCUGCCUCAGCAACCAGCGGAAAAUGAACAAAGACAGAGACAGGAAGACGAGCAUCCGAAGCUAACACGGAGGGCACAAGCCACGCUGACGAGAUGUUCACAACUUCAUGUGAUUUUUUUUUUUUUUUUUUUAACAACCACUGCAGCUGGAAGACUAGCCAGACUUGUGAUGCAUUUUAAAGACUUUUGAAGGAUUUCUGUAGCACUUCCUUUACAAGGAACCUUUUAACGUUUCCUUUUUCUAUUACUUUAUACGAACUCUUUGUUUUACAGUGAGGAAUCAUGAACAGUACUUUCCAUGGAUUACCAUGAAAAAAAAAAAUCUUUGAAGAGUACUUCUAAAAAAAAUAUGGCACAUGAUCACUCAAAACCUACAAAUUUGUAUUCAUUAUAAACUGUGUCUUAUUAAAAUGUAAACUGAUAUAAAAAUGUAUAUUUAUGUAACAUAACGAUAUAUAAUGAAACUGUGUUAUUUAACAGACCUUAUGGCGUUUUUGAUAUUGUGCAUUGUUUUUAAUUACAGACUUUUUUUUUUUUUUUUGCCGACUCAGUUUGUAGCAUCACAGAGAACAUGCUGGAACUAUGGUGGUAAUGGUUAUUCCAAAUAUUCAUCCCUGAAAGUGGAAAAUAACUCGAGCUGACCAAUAAAGUGUUUGUAAAUCUGGGAGUAAAUCAUAUUUUUCUGACCAUACUGUAUUUUCACAUCUUGUCCCAGUAAUUGCCGGUUCCAACCAAUAAAGCUUAUAAAGUUUC